AUGGCUACGCUAGAAACAUUAACCAGAAAGCUUGAAGAUACGUAUAAAGAAAUUAGUCAAGUGCGACGUGAAGUAAUUGAGACCUUGCGCUUCUUUUACUCGUCGUCCGCGGCCAUUUCUGCAGACGAAGCUAUUAAUAUUGCAGUCGAAUGGGGAGCGCCACACUCGAUGUAUAUGGAGAGAGAUGAAUUAGAUGCAUCUGAUCUGCAACAGAGAAUGCGACGGCUGAAUGUGAUGCUACUAAAUGCCGUGGAUCGCCUGCAGCUAAACGAAAACAGUGAGAUGGCGCCGGAGGCUCAGCUCCUACUUUCUUUCACACAUCGAGAACAACUCAAAUUAAAAAUGCAGCAGUCCAAGUCCAUGUUGACUCUGAUUGAGCAGCUUGCGAAGAUCGACAGACUGCUGCGAGACGUAGACGAAGCAAUUGAACGCCACUCUUUUGUUGCGGCGGCGGAGGGCGUUGUUAAAAUGGAUAGAUUGGUGAAAGAGCUGGAAAUGGCAGAGAAAGUAGACGAGGGCAAUGCUGAUGACACGAAGAUUAUUCGGGUUGUAAAGCUGCAAGUGCUGAGUAAAAAGAAUUGGCUCCUAAAUCAGCUGACGAGGUAUAUCUCCUGUACGGCGAUAUGGAAAGAUAAUGCGUUGAAGAUGGCGACAGAUUUAUCCAGUGAUGUAUAUGGAGCGACGAUGUUGACAGUAGACGAACGACGUAGGGAGUUUUGGAAGGCGUGUGAAGUCUUGGGAAUCCUGACACCAAAAUUACAGGACAUUGCAAAAGCCGUCUCGGAACAUCUUAUAACACCGAUUCUACAGAUACAAAGUGAAACACUGAAGUAUAUUGAGGACGAUGGUGUUGUUAUUCUGAAAGUUAUGUCGCAGUUGAUGGAUGGUGAUAAUGGCUCAGUGAAGAGUGGGGUAGAUGAGUUGCAGGAAAAGUGUACAAACGUUGUCAAGGUGCUUCAGUUUGUGCAUGCAGAGCUCUUUACAGGUUCCGCCGAGCUGAUGGGUCAGCUUGGAGAUUUCAUGUGGAAAAUCCCGGGAAAUCUUGAGGCCAAACUUCUAAAUUUGCUGGAAGAAAAAAUUCCUCAGGAUGCUUCUGCGCUUGAGGCUUACCGAGAGGCCGCAAUGACAAGCGUCGAGAGCUUAGAGAACGCAUUAGUGGUGAUCGGUUUUUCUGCUUGCCGCCAUACCCAACUUCGAGGUUUUGUCGACCAACUCAGCGAAUUGCACGCAAAGAAACGCCGACAGGCUAUAUUGAGCAGUGGGCGUGACUUGAUGCGCCAAGGGUACCAUAAUUCUGUUAAAGUCACGGGUGGUUCAGCGACAUGUAGCCUCUAUGCAUCUUCUGAAUCGGACAUGCAAGCUCGAAGUGAUGAGAAAACGGGUUGGAAUGCUAUGCCCGACAAAUCGGGCUCAAAGGGUGUUGAAAGCAGUUGUUUCGAAAUUCCCAACUUCCGGGUGACUGUUUGCGCUUAUGAGGUGGUGGAGCUGGUGCAUGAAACUCUUGUAGAGGCUUGCAAUUCUGGUGAGACGAGCGCAAACUUGCUUUUCCAGACAGCGCGAGACCUAUUCUUCCUGUACCGAAUUGUGGUAUCUACGCUAUACGAUGAUGAUAUUGCAAACGAUCCCCGAAUUUGCAUGCUGUAUCAUAACGACUGCCUUUACAUUACGUAUCAUAUGGUGGUGAUUGGGCAUAUCUACAAGCAUCGGCUCCCAGCACCUCUCAACCGAACCGCUACAAUGAUGGACAUGGUUCCUUCCUUCCAAGAACUCGGUGAACGGGCAUUAACUUCUUUUGUCUCAAGAAAAAUGGAAGAGUUUGUGUCUGGGAUGAAUAGUUUACCGUCACUUGGUGCUCUUGAUUCAGAGCACAAUUUGGAGUGCGUGGAAAGGUUUCUAAAGAGCGCACUUUACAGGCUGCAGGGAAUGAGUUCAUCGUGGCGCGACGGGUUACCCUUGGCGGUCUACAACAAAGUCAUGUCACGGAUGCUUGAGCCGAUAGUAAAGAUUUUUGUUGACGGUAUUCUGACCGAAGCGAAUAUUUCUGAAAUCACUAGAGCUUACCUUCACCACCUAUUGUCGUUGCUCUUAGAGUCUGAAGCACUAUUUGCUUCGCCAUCUCAAGCUGCAAAGUUUGUUCCCACUUUCGAGAAGUUAUUGAAACUCAGAGCGAUCUUAGUAGACCCAUUGGCAACGGUUCGCGACAAGUUUAACAGCGGCAGUCUAGAUGUGUUUUCCUCAAAAGAGCUGGCUGGUGUUGCGAGAUCCCUGUUCCGUGAGUCUUCUGAACAACAGGAUUUCGUACAAGAGCUACUUACAAAUUGA